CCAAGCCACUCAGUCAUAAUAUACAUGAACGACUGCCCUAGCUUCUAAAAGCUUGUUUUGACUGUCGUGCGAUGUACUACAUGUUUACCCUUCAUUUAAAUAGCAACGUAUCUGAUUCGUCUGUUCUAUCUGCUCUAUAUUAGGUACUCUGUCGUGACUCCUAAAGCCUUCAUCACGUAUUAUAUAUGGCUGCUAGUCUGCCUCCUACAUCAUAUUAUGGAGCCUCCCCGGGUGCACAACAUCUGAUCGUACAUAAUGCCGGGUAGGAUAUGCUCGCCGCUAGCCCUUUGAACUUAUAAGCAUCCUGUCUUGACAUUUAUCAAACCAUACUGACAUUAGUUCCUCAAAAAGGGGGAAAUCAAACUUCAAUAAUUAUAACAACAGCCCGUUGUCGUAGUUCAUCAUGCCUCGUUAUACGCCUUCCUCUCCAUCUUCAUCUCAGACUCCACGUCCCCGUUCAUCGUCCUGUUCCCGGUGUAACACUUCCACGAAUACCAAGCAGAGACGCCAACGGUCUCGAUCACCAUCACACUCAGAUGAAAGGAAAGACGUAUUAAAAACAUCAUUAGUUUUUCUCGGUGCCGUCGGAGCUGCUUCGUUAGCCGCUUCCAGGUUUUGGCCCAAGGGCAUACUUUACGGCGAAAAAGAAUCGUGGGCACAGGAAGCAAAAGAGGAAGUUAAGCAUGCUCUAGGUGGAAACAAGCCAGACAACAUAGAAAACCGGAGAAGAACUCGAAGCGCUAGCCAUGGUAGCGGGGGCUCCAGACGCCGGCAACCGCCUCGGGUUGAAAUACGAGACGAGAUAGUCGCCGCGAGACCCGGUGAUCAUAGUAUGUACGCGAAUACCGGCCGGACUCGGCAAUAUGAUGACGCAGAUGGUGAUCGCGGUAGGCGAUACCGUUCCGACCCCGGAGAGAGAAGAUUCAACAACGAGCCGAGUAGAUUAAGGAAACCCCGAGCUUUGUAUUCCGAUAUAUAAGCUCAGUUACGACGUUCGGAAGGGGGUAGCUAGGUUUAUGCGCAUAACGAUUAACGAAAUUAGUUUCUUUACCAACAUCAAUCAAAGUAUCAUGAAAGCAGGCACGAGAUAUACUCAUUUCAUCCGAUGAGACUCAUCUUGUCUAUAACGUACAGGGGUAGGGUUCUAAUGAUAUGUGAUGUUACAAUUGUCUGAAGGUUUUCCAUAGCAUCACAUACCAUAUAUACCCCUUAUAAGAUCUGUAUGUAAAAGCAUGGAUGUAUAGGUGGUCGUGUGUUAAACACUUGAUGCUCGGACUCCAUAAAGUGAUCAAGGACAAGUCCAC